CUUGCAUACAGUAAAAAAACAACUUGAGUAGUUGCUUUCUGUUUGAACUGUUUUAGCCAAGAUACUAACUAUUGCAAUAAUAUGCCAGAAAAGUGUUUCACAAGGAUUUGUUUUCCAUAUCUUAAUGCCUUUAUGAGUAUCAUUACCAUUCAAUGGAUAAAGCCAAAAGAACAAUCAUCUUCUGAUUUGCCUAGAUAUAACUCUUCAUUUAUUUCUGACAUCAACGAAAGUAUCACCAAAUGCUUUAAUAGGUUUUACAAUGCUGCGGAAUGUAUUGUGUUUUUCAUGACAACAGUCUUAUCAUCUCAAGCAGUUGCCAUCAACAUAUUUCCUCUGGUUAUGUUCAUUGUUGGUUGGGCUACAUGUAAAGAGGGCAGUACAUAUGAAAUAUCUGACUUGUGCUAUACAUUGUAUUUUAAUUAUACCUACAGUACAAGUAGAAAUGAGUUUCCUGAACUUGUAUUGAGAGAACAUAAACCAGAGAAUGAUGUUAAUAACAGUGAUACUAAACAUUUGAUUCAAGAGUUUGUUGAUCUCAGUAAGAUAUCAUUGUUAUUCUCAACAACAGCUAAUGCAGUAUCUCACGUACUGUUCAUAUGGGCACUGUGGUGCCUGUAUAUUAAACAUUAUGACAGUUUUAAUGGUUGCUUGCUGGAACUAAUGGAUGACUUGAAAAACCAUUGCUGUGGUGUUAGACAUGGCAAGUUAUAGGGACCACUCAAUAAGAAAUUGUGAGAUGUAAAACCAGUUUUUGCUGUUUUGAAAGUUUUGCAUUAUUAUUUCUACAUUUCUAAUGCAAUUUAAAUGUCAAAAUUUUUUUCAUUUGGCUUUUGUUAAUUCAAAACCAUAAGACUGAAAAUUCACAGAAAUAUACAAUAGUGAACCAAUGUCAUACUUUGCCAGUACUAAAAUGAAGAUGAUUCACUUUAAAAAAUUUUAGUAUACAACUAUUUGUAGUUUUGUUUACAACAUUUGUUUUUUGGCUUUUGUAGUGUUCAAUGUAUAUGCGUUUUUUGUUUUUAGUUUUUUAGUUUUAGGUUUCCACCUUGGAAUCUA